AAUCUGGCAUUCGCCGCUGUUCUCCUCGUUCGUUCGGUUUUCAUAGCUCUAAGCAGAAGAGAGUUUAUAUGUGAGGUGGUGUAUUAUUUAGCAAAUAAAAAUUGGCUAUUACAAAUAAAAAAAUAUCGACAAAGUGAAGUGUAGGUGUGAUAAUAAAAAUUACAACGUAGUUUGGUGCUUGUGCAACAUAUGUACAUGAAUUUUAAGAGUGGAUAUUACCUGGUUUCCUGAGUCAUUAAACCCAUAAGAAAUAUCUUUAUGAAAGCACGGAAAGAAAGUCAAUGAAAUCAAUGAAGUGCAAUAAAUGGGCAAAUCCACUGUAUAAAAAAUAAAUAUAUAUCGCUAAAGCUACAAGUAUUUAUUGGCAUAUGCGUAUGUUUUCAUCUGUGCAAAUAUAAAUUUCAUCAAGAAAAUAUAUUUAGGCAGAGCAAAAACAACUAUACGCAAUACUAAAAAACUAACAAAGUUAUUUAUAUGUUUACAUAUGUAGCGUAAUACGUGACCUUUACGUAUUAUAUGUAAGUACGAAAUACUUUAAAUCGAUCAUUAAAAAGUGUAAUUUUAUGAGAAACCUCAUAAGUGAGCUGUACUAAUUCAAAUAACAAAUAUGCAUUGCGACAAUACGAAAACAUCAUCAGAAAUCGAACAUGUGGAUUGGAGUACUGGCACCGGCUCUGGUCACCACUACGCUAACGUCAGAUUUGGAUCAGGCAGCAGUCAGGCCUCGCAGAGUAGCGGCGAUAUUUGUCGCAUCUGCCAUUGUGAGAGCGAUCCACAAAAUCCGUUAUUGACGCCCUGCUAUUGUGCGGGUAGCUUAAAAUACGUCCAUCAAGCGUGUCUCCAGCAAUGGCUAACGGCAUCCGAAACGAACGCAUGCGAACUAUGCAAAUUUCCAUUUAUAAUGCACACAAAAAUCAAACCAUUCAAUGAGUGGCGCAGCCUUGACAUUUCUGGAAUUGAGCGAAGACGUCUCUGCUGUUCGGUAUUAUUUCAUUGCGCCGCCGCUUUAUGCGUUAUUUGGUCGCUUUGUGUGCUAAUCGAACGUGCCGCUGAUGAUGUGAAGCGUGGACUGAUUGAUUGGCCCUUCUGGACAAAACUGGCCGUGGUAACAGUGGGACUCACGGGCGGCGUGGUCUUCAUGUAUAUUCAAUGCAAAGCUUAUUUGCAUCUAUGCCAUCGUUGGAAGGCCAGAAACAGAAUACUGCUCAUACAAAAUGCACCAGAAAAAGUGCAUGCCAUGUCGCCACCAUCACCCGCUGUCCAACAUCGCACUCAUCACGAGGGCUCCUGUGAGCCACAUCCCUCUAGCAUUAAUGCGCCCACCGCCGCCGGUGAUGGCCCAAAUGUUGAAAUUGUAGCCAAUGGCGCGUCCGCCUCGAAUGGUUACAACUAUGCCGUCACUGCUGGUGGUAACGGUAGCAUUUCUGGCAGCCUGGAUAUAGAGGGUGCCGCAACAUUACAUCAGCAUCCAUUGCAUCAUUAUCAUCUUCCAGCCGAACAGCGUCGUUUGCAACAGAGCGGUGAUGCGGAUUCGGAUGUUUUGCCUACCACACAUCACCAUAGCCAUUUGCCACCACAACAGCAGGUGGGACAGGUGGCCGUAGCGGCAAAUAUUGAAUGUGCACAGCUGCAAAGUAAUUACGAACGUGAUUGGGCAUUGGACGAUGUGGUUUCGCAGAUCUCAUCCUUCCGUCCGUGUCCACAAGGUUCGGGUAGCAUGACACCAUUUCACGAUUCAAUACAUAAUGUACUCGAGCAUUCGGAGAAUUCGAGUCGCGGUUCGGUAAAUGACGUUUGCGGUGGUUCACGUCAAGAUCUCAGCACUGGUGGCAUUUCUACGGAUACGGGACGUGAGCAUGCGCUACAAUUGAGUAGUUUUAGUGGUAGCGGCGAUCAAAAGGCACCCUCGAUCAGUUCAGGUGUUUCCAAUGCGGUGGCAAAUGGUUUGGGCGGUUUCGCCUACAAGCCGCACACCAAACGUUAUUCCAAUUCAUCGAUAUUCGUAGAGAACCGCGACAUUCUCAACGACUCGAUGGGUUUGAGCAUGGAAUCAUCGGUUGAUUACCCCGCCACGGAGAGCUAUCGACACGCAAACACAUUGACGCCGCCCAGUGCAGCGGAUGUCGAAGCUGAAAGUGAACAGCUGGAUAAAUUUCUAACGAAAGACUUACGUCGCUACUCGGACACAAAACUGGUGAUCGGACCAGACAGCGAACCGAUGCUGGGCGCCGAAGUAAACGACGUCUUACUGCCAUCAGCAGUGCCCAUAGAACCCGUGUACUCGAUGAGAAGCACAUUACCGGCAGGCGGCAAUAAACGUAUACGGCAACUGCUAAAACAAAAUUCGGCUACUGCGGCAGAUACAAUACUGGAUAUGGAACUGCCCACGUCACCGCUAUCGCCACCAGCCGCCUAUGCGGUAAAUGUAACAAUGCCAACGACGCGUCAGACACAGGCAGCCUUGCGCCGAUCCCUACACACGGUGGAUGAGUUGGGCGCGGGCGCAAAUGCGCAGGACUUGCUGAGAAGCAGAGCCAUACCCAGCACGGCUGCAACGACGAGUAUGGGCACGUCCAGGCGGCAGUCCACGUCGACGCCAAUGUUUAAAUCGUUGCCAAAUUUGAGUGGCAGUUGCGAAAAUCUGCUCAGAAAAUGAGCGAACACAGCAAUUCUGCCCGACUUCAUCGAGUCCAAUACUUAAAUGAAGUGUAUGCAUCUAUCUACCUACCUAUAUGAAAAUAUGGAACUAAAUGUACUGAGUUGACGCUCUCUAAGUUGUUGUGUACGCACAUAACUGUAUUUUAUUUUUAUUGACUUUAGUUUUUGUGCGUGCAACAAAUAAGGUUAACUUGCGUCCAAAUAUUUAUUCACGCUUAAUGUGUUUUUUUGUUUUUGUUUAUGUUUUUUUUUUAUUUUAAGUGGACCUACACUUUACUUGAAUGAGACUUUUUGAAUAUUCGCUUGUGUCGGCUGUACUAAGGCUUAAUUAACACAGCGUUUAGACUGUUCGUUAUAAAUAUGUAAGCUGCAGUUAGGAAAGAAAUAAAGAAAAAUAUGAAAUGUGAAUUUUGAAAUUUGUUAAGCGGCUAUAAUUUUUGUAGUUAUAUGCGAAAGCAGGACAAAUCUGAUAUUUGUAAAAAUAAUAUAAUUUAUUUUUUUUUAUAGAUUAUGGAAAAUGUUCAUAAUUUGUAGACACAUCAUGGAAUUAUUUUUUUUCCGAAUUUUUGAUUGUUUUGGUAUAUUUUUGUUUCUGUAUCGGCAGAAAACAUCUCUGCAAUCAUUUUGAAGAAUGCUGCCGAGUUGACCGUCUUUGAUCGGUUAAAAAUCCGGUUGUGUACCAGUUACGUAAACCCGACUGUCGUGGGAACGGUUUGUUUAGGUGACUAGUUGAAUGAAAAUUCAAAUUUUUUUUCUGUCCGUUAUAAGAUACAUAUUAUGAGUAGUUGUGCACCUCAUCGUUUGUAAAUUAUUUUGCUUAAUUCAACAUAUAACAAAGGUGUAAGCUCAAUUUAUAUUUCAAUUAUUCGAAAAUUUUACAAGAAUUCUUAACUCAUCUUUUCAUAUUUUUGCUAUCAAGCUGUAUAUAUAAAAAAUAAAUAAAUGUUUCAGCUAUUUUACUACAAAAAUCUAUCAUUUAGAGAAUCUUCUUGCUAAAAAGUGAUUAAAAAUAUUUAAUUUAUGUUUGAAAUAUCAACUCAAAUGCAGUCAAAGGAAGACAUGACAAAGUCAAAAAAUUGUAUUGUCAAAAUUCCGCAGAUUUAUAGUGAAAUUAUUCGAGAAAAUUUGAAAAAGUGUGCCAAAUCUUUAAUCUAAGUAGUUAAAACGAUGUCUUUCAAUUCUUUCUUACAGAAAUUCCUAUUCAUUAGUGAAUCAUAGUUUAUGACAAAUUACAAAAUAUUCAGUGCAAUCAGAAAUCCUAACAAAUAUUGGAUUUGUCCUUUUGCUCUCUACAAUUUCACAACUUAAAAUGCGUAAAUUAUAACACAAACCCACAUACAAUUGCGUGCAAUGCAAAAGCAACAUCAUUACAGCACUGAAAAUAACUUUUUCUGAAAGCAUUUACUGUCGAAAUCUCUUAAUUUCACUUUGACGUUCGUAACGUAUUUACAUAUCGUCACCUGAAAUGCAAAAUAACGUAACAACAUUUUCGGAAAUUUACAAUGGCAAGAAUUAAACACGAAAUAAAAUAGAACAUGAGUGAAAAAAAAUUUUAAUAUUGGUUAAAACUGGUUUUUAUCUGAGUGCAGAACCUAAAAAUGUUGAACAUAUGUAAUAUUAUAUAUGUAAUUUGAAGUAGUGAAGCGUAAUCAAUAAGACACUCAAUUUCGAAUUUUUUGAUGAUACGUUAUUUUGCAUUUCAGGUGACGAUAUACAUAUUUAAAUUGAGUGAAGGAAUUUUUGAGAUUUUGAAAAGUUAAUGCUAAAUAAAAACUGUGAUUAAACAAUUUGUCAUUUUUAGACUUUUUUGCGAAUCGAACAUACAUACAUUUUCACACACACAUACACUUGUGAAAAUCACACACAUGUAUUUAUCUACAUAUAUUUUUUGUUUUUGAAGUAUCAAUAUGCUUUAAAUGUAAAUGGCAAGCUAAAGUUGGAAAUUAUUACCAGAACUUUUCACAGUACAACAGUAUCAUAUAAUACAGUGGAGUCAAUAAACAGCUCACUUAAUCCAUAUAUUUUCUAUGUGGAUACUAAAAGCAGGAAAUGCAAACAUACAGACAUAGACAUACAUAUAAUAAACUUACAAAAAAAUAAAAAUGAAAAGUGAAAACAAUAUGAAGAAACUUAGAAAGAAACAAAUAUUUUUCUAUAAAUACAUAAACCGUUAUUUUAGGAUUGCGCUUCGAAACAACCGCUUGUUUUUAACUAGAACAUGUUUGAGAUUACAACUCCUGUUCACAAUAACCUUUUCAAAUUGCCAAUUUCUUCCUCCUCUAUUUAAUGCGCCUGCCUCGAGUAAUAAUACUAUACAUUAUUAGCUUAUUUACUUAAUUAUAUAAAUAUAUAUAAACUUCUUUUUUCUCAUUUCCGAUUUCUGUACAGUAUGUAUACAAAAUACUAGUAUAAAAUCAUAAGCAAAUGGAAUUUUGUAAUUAAUUUAAUUAAAAAUUAUAUUACAUUUAUUACAAUUUAAGUAUGUAUAAAUCGCAUACUAUGGAAAACUAUGUAAAAUUAUAUCUAUAUUAUUAAUGUAAUUUUAAAAGCAAAGAAUUUUAAACAUUUUUUGUGUAAAAUAAAAAAGAAUAACUUAAUUACAAGUA